CUCGCACUUUGCCCUCGCCCGUCUUGCUUCUCACGUAGCGAACGUUGGUCAGCUGCACACACCGCCUUCGGCCGCCUUAUUCCAAGUCCGCUCGCCGGAGUGUUCAUCGGCCGCCCGCCCGUCGAAAUUCAUCCAGCCGCAUUCGCUUAGCCGCCACCAACUCCACACACUUCACAUCUGAUCGAUACGAGCGAAAAUGGCCGCGACGACCACAGCGAGAAUCUGGACACGGCUAGGUGUUAAAUACAGCCAAGGUGUCCGCUUCAACAGUUAUAACACCACUGCCGGUAACCUGCGAUUAACUGGCAACACGAAAGUCAUCUGCCAAGGCUUCACCGGCAAGCAGGGCACCUUCCACAGCAAGCAGGCGCUGGAAUAUGGCACCAAGAUGGUCGGCGGCGUGUCGCCCGGCAAGGGUGGCAAGACGCACCUUGACCUUCCCGUGUUUAACAGUGUCAAGGAGGCGCGCGCAGCAACAAAUUGCGAUGCCACCGUAAUUUAUGUGCCACCACCAGGCGCAGGUGCCGCCAUCAUCGAAGCUAUCGACGCUGAAGUGCCACUGAUUGUGUGCAUCACUGAAGGCAUCCCUCAGCAGGACAUGGUGCGCGUCAAGCAUAAACUGCUCAGGCAGAACAAGUCACGACUUUUGGGCCCCAAUUGUCCUGGUAUUAUCGCUCCAGAAUUAUGUAAAAUUGGUAUUAUGCCCGGUCACAUUCAUCAGAAAGGUGUCGUUGGUGUAGUAUCGCGUUCUGGUACACUUACCUACGAGGCUGUUCACCAAACCACGCAGGUGGGUCUCGGCCAAACGCUGUGCGUUGGCAUUGGUGGUGAUCCAUUCAACGGAACCAAUUUCAUCGACUGCCUUGAUGUGUUCCUCAACGAUUCGGAGACCAAGGGCAUUAUUCUCAUCGGAGAGAUCGGUGGUAACGCUGAGGAGAUGGCUGCUGAGUAUUUGAUGAAACACAACACCGGACCUAACGCUAAACCUGUUGUUUCCUUCAUCGCUGGUCUAUCUGCUCCACCUGGCAGACGCAUGGGUCACGCUGGUGCCAUCAUCUCCGGCGGUAAAGGUGGCGCACAAGACAAAAUCAACGCUUUGGAGAAAGCCGGAGUUAUUGUAACCAAGUCCCCCGCGCAGAUGGGCACUGAACUCCUCAAGGAGAUGCGUCGCCUCAGCAUAGUAUAAUCCCCCACAGCGUGCUAAACCAAUUGUUGAAUUUUUAAAUUAAUGGAUGAGAUUUAUUGAUCUAAGUUCAAAAAAACAAGACACGCAGAGUCGCCGCCAUUUCUACGUUAAGAUGUAGCGUACUCAUCGUUAAUCAUCGUCAAUCAUGAUAUUCGAUCGAUUUUAUUUAAAAGUGUAAACCAAAAAUGAUGUAUGUAAUGCAAAAAAUGUACGUGGAACAUGCACCGCCUCAUCUCUAGUGUGCAUCUUUUAUUGUUAUCCAUUUACCACUACUCUAAUUAAUAUAAAUAUAGUCUUCGUCUGCUUCUUGAAAGAAUUUAACAAUGAAAUGUGAACAAAUAUUAAUAUUCGAAAUAUACGAACAUUGUUAGACGAAUAAAACGUGUUGAAAGUA